UCCUUUAACAGCAUCUAAACCAAUCCUCUAAAUGUUAGUGCAUGUUCACCUCUAUUCUCUAUUUACAUCAAUCAUAUUCAACAUCAAAACUUGUAUUUUACAUAAAAAUACUUUUAAAUAAAAAAAAACUUGGAGAUUAAGUGUAAAGAAUUUAUUUAUUUUAAAUGUAUUCAGUUUCUGCAGUGUAGGUGAGACACGGUAAUAAUUGUAUUAGCAUUUGUGUUGUCCUCUCUCUCUCUCCCCCCUUGCUGUGAAUUCCCCUCGCCAUACACAGACUGCAUGCGGCAUUACCGUCACCUUGAAAUUUCAUCUGCUAUUUUCCAAUUAAAAGCUUAAUAGCCCUGGAAACCGAGUUCAUGUGGUGAAGUUUACUCUGGCCCCCAGUUCUCAAAGUUGUGCAGCCGGGAUCCCAUUACGUGCUUGAAUAAACCCAUUUAGGAACAGAAACGGGACUCGAGGGUGCCCGGUGUUGAGUUUCACUGGACUUUAAAAGCGAUGGGCAUCAUUUUAAGAAAGGUGUGCUGCAAUUUACACCCUACAUCGCGCCUCAAAGUGCAUUUAAAGUCUAUGAGUGUUUACUGUGUCCACAAAACAAAUAGACUUGUUUAAUGUAGAUGACGUUGCCCAGUAUUUUUUUUCCCCUCUGAUCCUUCCAGAAUUAAUUUGGGACACGUCCAAAUCAUAUCUCUCAAUUAACUCUUGCUGCAUGGCGGACUAUUCAACAUUUUUCAUGGGAAUAAGUCAAAAGCUCAUUCAGAUGCAAACCACCAUAUUAUUGUCGCCUGUUUAAUUCGAAUUCACAGCGUGCGGUUAAACUAAAUGCCAAAGUGGUUGCAGGAUUUUCAUGAAAAGCGCACAGCAGUUAUGUGAAUUCUUCUCCACAUUCCCAGGUAAUUCUUGAAAUGACUGCACUCCUAGAGCCUCAUAUGAGGUUGAAAAAUUGCUGUGGGUCCGAUAUUAGAGAUUGCUUUGUUUAUUUUAUUAUAUUCUCUAGAUAUUUUUUCUGCAGUCUAAAUAGCUACUGUUAAAACCUACAGUAUAUCCUGAAUUAAAUUAAAUUAUUUAUUUAAAAUAUUGCGAAUUAGGCCUAAUCAAUUACUUUCAUUGGGGUCGACGUUUUAAGAUUAAUUUGUAAGUCAUUUUCGAUAUUGCUGGGUUUACGACGCCACACAUUUAUACAAAAAUACAUUGUUUGUGAUGAGAAACUGAAGGAAAUGUAAAAAGUGUUGCAACCGCCCCCACUCUCCCCUAUUCUACUUGUUUUGUGUGCUUGUUAAUGUGGAAUAAAAUAACAAAUUACAACAGUAGCUUCUGUUGUUGAUGUACCAUCCUGUACUACAGUAAGCGCUCGGUUAUAAACUUACAAAAAUGAUCUGACUAAUAACUUUUGUGGUUAAUUAAAAACGUUUUAAAACAGAUAUUUGGACAAUAAAAACGUUUGAAAACCCUUGAGGCUGUUAUGUUGACUUCCUUAGGAGGGCUUCAAGCUUUCACAGAUUAGACAUGGGGCUAAUUAGAUGUUUUUUUAAAUGUCAAGUGGCAAGAUAUUGCUCAAAAUUCUAAUUGUAAGUUGGAAAAAAGCGAGACUUCCUCUCUCCAUCCAGUGUCAGGGGAAUGUAAAUUGCUCGUGACCGUGAUGUGAGAACAGAAGUUACUCGUUAGUGCGUGUCAGAUCGCCUGAUGCACUUGUUUAUUGAGGGGCGAAAGGUGGAUCCUCGACUUAAAGAGUCAACACCUCUCAUCGCGAGUGUAGCGAGCAGCAAAGGCACUGUUCCUCUACACCUUAUCUGAUGCACUUGCGCCUCUGGCACCCCUGGAAACCACUUGAGAAAUGAAUGGCUACGGAUCGCCCUACCUCUACAUGGGGGGCCCGGUGUCCCAGCCGAGAGCGCCCCUCCAGAGGACCCCCAAGUGUGCGCGCUGCAGGAACCACGGGGUGCUCUCCUGGCUGAAAGGGCAUAAGCGUUACUGCCGGUUUAAGGACUGCACUUGCGAGAAAUGUAUUCUGAUAAUCGAGCGACAGCGGGUCAUGGCGGCUCAGGUGGCGCUCAGGCGGCAGCAGGCGAACGAGAGUUUGGAGAGUUUGAUCCCCGAGUCUCUGAGAGCGCUGCCGGGCAUCACGAUGGGGAGCGGGGAGCAGAGUGCGACCCCACGAUCAAGCGACAUAGACCUGGGCUGGAGCUCAGACACAGUGAGCCCUAAACCACCGCAAGACCUAAAUGAGGAGCUGUCUGGUGGAGAGAAUGGAGGCAGUUCCAGUGACAGAGAACCAGAACCAGCCAGCUCCCCUGAGGAGUCCAAACCUAACCUGUGUUGCACCCCUGACACCUCAGACUCAACUUCCCAGGUUGAGGAGUCCCGUAUUGGCCUGUCUAAAUCUUGCACCGACCCAGAACCCAAAGCUGACAACCCCAAAUACUCCCCUGAGCCCAACAUCCUCAUCGAAGGCCUCUCAGGCUCUGUAUCUCUCCCUUUCAGCCUCAGGGCCAACCGGCCUCCACUGGAGGUCCUGAAGAAGAUCUUCCCAGCCCACAAACCAGCAGUCCUGGAGCUCAUCCUUAAAGGCUGCGGUGGGGACCUGGUCGGAGCCAUCGAGAUCCUGCUCUCCAGCCGUUCUACGAUGAAACCAGAAAAGGUCCUGUCAGAGAGCUCCGAUGCCCUGGUUCUCCCCUCAAACGGCCACCUCUUUGAGCACCAGUUGAGCUCGUACCCAGUCUCGUCUUCAAAGUGGUCGGUCGGUUCGGCCUUCCGUGUUCCAGAUUCCCUGCGCUUCUCCGCAGAGCCUUCUGCUGGAGUUGUACCAGGCUCUCUUAGCAUGCCGCUCCAGCACGGUUUCCCCCAGCCGCCUCGAUACCCCCUCAUGCUGAGAAAUUCAUUGAGCCGUGGCCAAGCUGGGCCCUUCAUGCACAACGAUGUGACUCUGUGGAAUACCAUGACAUUACAGCAGCAGUAUCAGCUGCGCUCACAGUACAUCCCUCCGUUCUCAGGCCCCUCAGCCGGAGUGAUCCGCAGCUCACCGCUCCUCACCAGCAGGCCCACCGAGGAACAUCGAAUCAGCAUCCAGGAGGAAAGCUGUCCUGUCAUUGCCAAACAGAGCAUGUACGCUGCAGAUGAGGAGUAUGAUGAAAGAUCUGACUCCUCAGACUCCAGGAUCUUGAACACUUCUUCCUAACUCCUAAGCGGUUUCAAUAGAUGGAUGGAAAAAAGCACUGAAAUAUGUUUCAAAUGGCUUCUUGAAAUGAUACAAAAGAGACACUGCUCAUCUAAGAGCGCAUUGAAAAGAUAAACAGUGCAUUACUUGAGGUAUUGUAUUUCUACCAAAUUUGAGGUUGUUGUGCCAACUUAAUCAUGUGUGGAAUAACAUUAGCUUUCAUUUUGGGGGGGAAAUCAAGGUAGACUUAAUAUAUUUGAGUGAUCUCUAUUUCCACCUUGCAUGAAAUGUACCAUUGAUAACAGUUUAAUGUAGAAAUAUUCCAGCAGUCCGGCAUGUAAAAGUAUGGCAAAUAAACCUUCUGUGUACUGUUAC